AGUCUAGGUCACGCGCCAAUUGUGUGGCGGUCAUAUCUGUUGCGAAAGUACUGUUAGUGGUUUAUGGAAACUUCGUUACAUAACAGUACCGAUUACUUGUUGAAAGUAAAUCUCGCUCAGAUAUAUAUUCACGUCUUGCAUCUCGGGCCUCUCCGUGAGUAUAAUUCUAUAUUGACUGAUAUAAUCAUGUUACUCUUUCCAAGCUUAACAGCUGCUAAUUUUUUGUUUGGUGCGAAAGCGAGACAUUUUAUUAAGCAAAAACUUCAUCACAUAAAUGGUUAUUUAUGUGUGCGUCUGAUUAAGAGGUAUGAACAACGUAGUGUGGUCAUACUGUCGUACUGUUGCUUAUACCCUUUUUUGAUUCUCAUGUUUAUUCUUCAUUACGAGAUUCCUCUUCUCACUUCUUGAAGGGCGUUCCUAACGAUGGUGGUUUAGCUGUCAGUUGGAAUUCUGCAAUAUUGUGCAAGAAUCAUUUGUAUCUUGCUAACUUUUGUCACUGGCAUUAGUAGUUACGUUACAAUCUGUCCGUCAAAUGAUAAAAAUACACUCAAGUAGUUAUUAUGUUUUUGAGGUACCACACAAACGCAAACCAACUAGUAAAGUAAUUCAACAUUUUUUUAAAAUUUAUUAUUUUCACAUUCAGAACCUAGAUUGUUUUUAAACUUUCCAGUUUUCAGGCUAUUUUUGAUUGCUAGAAGUUGUAUAAAAACACGAUAAUGCUGCUGCUCUGGUCUUGACCCUAACCUUCCAAAAUAUGAAUAGUGUCGACAGUUCAACAAUCCACUAUCAAUGUUAAAAUGUGGCGAUUUUUACUGGUUUUUAUUUCAUAUUUUACGUGUUACUGGCCUCCAAUACGAAUAUUUAUUAGAAUUAUUUGCCUCUUUUACAGAUUCUGCUGGACGAGUGAAUUACCGUCACUUUCUGCUCUCCCACUCUGUGUCCCUGAAUAGUAUUGUCAGUAAAGAACAGCGUAAAUCAUUCCAUUAAAUAUAACAAUUUCUCAGUAAACGGAGCAGAGAUUCAAAGAUGGAUUUCAGUGAACUUAAUGAAUAAGUAUGCUUACUCCUCCAAAGAAUGAAUGAGUCGUCAAAUCGUAACUCCCUAGUUGGUAGAAAUACUGGAUUGAAUUCCAACGCCAUGCGCGACAGUUUGCGUGUACUUGGCUCUUCGUGUGCUGUAACCACAACUACUAACGUUCUUGAAAAUCGGUUAAAUUAUCCACCGAAUACUUCAAAUCACGGGUUUUUAUACUCCGAAAAUGGUUUCAAUAAGCCCAUCUCCACUUUUUCCAAUUGCUCGGUUGAUUCCUGUUUUCCUGGUCUCACUGUCUCAAUGGAACAAAAUUUGGUUACGGAUUAUUCUCAGUGCCAUUCAUGUGGUAGCUCUCCGCCACCUCCAGCAUUAUCUCCCGUUAGUUCCUCUCCUACUCAUGGGAGCAACAACCAAAAUAACCAACCAUCCUCCCCUUCUCCUCCAAUUAUAGUUGCCGAAAUUCGAGGUCCUUCAUCCAUUUCAUCUCAUUCAGCUUCUGAGAAAAGCUCUCAUCCCAAGGGUGCAUUUAAAGUGAAUCAACAUUCUUCUCAAACUCUUAGUAAACCACCGAAUUCUAGUUGUCCACGGAUAGCAAACGAUAUGUUAAUGUCUAGUUCGAGUAGUUCAUCUUCGUCUACAUCUUCCUCCUCAAUUUUGAAUGACGCCAAUCAUGCUGCUAAUGGUUUACCAAUUCUCGAAAAAAUUUCUAUUGUUCUUGGUUCACCUAAACGAUCAGUUGGUGAAAAUUCAAUAAUUCGCGCAAACAACACUGAUUCACCUUUAAAAAAUGAAGAUGCAAGACUUCCAAAGUUGGUUCUGGAGAAUCAUAUCCAUCCAUCAAAUAGUAAAGAAAACUCCCUAACGAAGCUUGAUGAACCCCUCAAAGCUAACUCAUCUGCUACAAAUGAAGAUGCUAAGUCGAAUGUAUUAAAUGAGAAGUCUAAAGUAGCAACAAAACGAAAAGCAUCAGCCCGGUCAAGACGUCGACCUAAAUCUCGAAAAGUUCGAGGAGAUUCUGAUUCCGACUUCGAGCCAUUUUCCCAGGCUCAUGCAGGUGGAUCUCGUGGUAGAGCCGAUGCUAGAGCUCUUAUUCGUCGAGUUCAACAAAAAGUCAAUAAAAAAUCUAUUGCUGGUGUUACAUCUGACACUCCUGGUGGAACCAAUGCAGAUAUUGCAAUGCGCAGGAAGUAUUUAGAAUCACCCUUUUUAUGUCUUUGUCAAGCUGGAGGAACAGUUUCUAGUCUUAUGAAAACUUCAGACAACUUCACUAAAUACAAUUGUAUUCCUUCUGGAUCUAAAAUAGCCUGUAAUAAUUCAACAACUAAUAAUGAGUUGAUUGAUAUGAGUUCGUCUUUAUCUGCCCAUAUAAUUAACCCAGCUUUACGUGAUUUGUCUGUUCAACAAGUUAAUGGGUACAUCUCUCAUUGUACCAUGCCUGUUAGUUGUCCAUUCAAAGCUAAUGUGACUGGAAGUGCAUCAAUUAAAGUUGAUAAACAUGACGUCGGCAUUGAAUCUCGUAGUAUCCUUGCAGGUGUUACAUAUAGACCUUCAGGACCUCUCCGGGUACGUGACUAUCAGUUUCCAACCUCAGUAAAUCCCAAUAGUAUUUGGAUAUGUGCCUUCUGUGGUGAAGAUAACAAUUAUACCGAAAUUGGUUGUUUAUAUGGUCCCUAUUGGCUUACAGAAGCAGAUAUGAAGCAGUUACCUUCAGAGCUCAUCUAUGGUUCUACCAAUGAAUAUCAAUCUCCUGAUACUGUGACUCAGUCUAAUACACCUGUGACUCCUGUAUCCAGACGUGCAAAAAGUAUAGAAAAGGCUAUUCGUUCUGGUGUAAUUACUUCGACUACUACACGAUCUGCAGCAGCCCAAGGACGUCCUACAGCUGCCAAUACUGGUGUUCUUCGCCUAGUUAUCAAAGCUUCAAAUAGUAUGAUAAAUAGUGAUGACUCUCCGACAAAAAAUUCACCCGAUCUAUCUAAGGUAAGAAACUCUUGCAGGCCUAGAGUAGGACCAAACGGUGAAGUCUGGUUUCAUUUUGAAUGUGUACUUUGGGCUCCUGGUACUUACGUGAAUGGGAAUGGUGUUGUUGGCGGUCUCGGUGAUGCAUUACAAUUAGCCCUUAAUGCACAUUGUUCACAUUGUCAAAGACCUGGAGCAAUUCUAAGUUGUUGUAAUCGAGGAUGUAAUUUGAGUUAUCAUUAUCAAUGCGCAAAUAAAGCUGAAUGUCAUUUGGAUCGAGAUCAAUACAUUUUGCUGUGCAAAAAACACCAUAUCUAUUCAUAGUCAGUUAAUCAAUUGACACAACAACAGAUACCGUAUACACUUAUUAUAAUGAUUAUGAAGUAUUUGUUUUUAUUACUGUCCUACAUUUAUAUAUCCUAACAUAUUUAGUUUUUUUUAAAAAAGAACCAUUAUUUUGUAAAGAUAUCCUGUAUAUGUAUGUAAGUAAAUAAGUAUGUUUGCAGUUUUUUCUUCUUCAAUCAUUAGAUCUAAAACAUAGAAAUAAGUGAACACUUUCUUUCCUAUCACUUCACUUCCUAUGAACAAACCACAUUGUAGGAAGAAAGAACUAGUGAUUGUACAGUUUUUUCCUUUUCUUCGUUUUCAUCAUACACGCUCUGUUGUUUGUUUGUUUGUUUUUAACUCGUACAUGUACGUAUUUAUGCUCUUUACAUUAUUUUUUUCUUUUCCCUACUUUGACUCAAACGCAAUCAGAUAAUAAUGAUAAUGAUCAAAAAUUACAAUCAAAUCUACUUAUCUAUCUAAUUUUAUUCAUGUAUUUUAUCAAUGGAUUUGUUUCUCUAUGCAUGUGUAUCUAUUUAUGUAUCAAUUUAUUUAUGUAUAUGAAUUUUUUGAAAGAUCAUGCCUUUUUAUAUUUAUUCUUUUGAAAAUGUGUAUUUAUGACUAUGGGAACAAACGACAAAUUGAUGGAAGAUGGUGAGGUUUGAAAACAAUUGGUGAAGAUGUUCACACCUAGUAGCUUUUGUGUACAUGUGUGUAUGUGAAUAUGCCAAGUGUUACUAUCCCUCUGGAUUUAUUUUCCUCUCAUUUUGAUCUAUAAAUAAAACACCAAAAUAAAUUGGACACUAAUUAUAAUGUGUACGUGUUCUCAAAUGCUGAGAGAAUCAAUUCUACUUAGAGUUGUAUAUUCUGAUGAUUUCCAGUUGGUUUUUCUAGAUUACUACUAUUCUUCUAUAUCUUAUCUGUUGGUUUUCUUUUCAAAGUAGCAUCCACUUGUAUAUGAAAGGUGUUUAUUAGUUUUUUUCAUUCUAGUUUAUUGUUUUUACCAUAAUUGUGCUUCUCUUAUUGUGUGUUCUUAAUAAAAUUACUUCUAACCGU